CGAUGACCAAGCGCUCGCGCGAGACCUUGGUCGCGCAGGACGCCGCCGCCGCUUCCUCGGACGCUUCGGACGUCGCCGCCGCCGCCACCACCCACACCGACGCCGCCGCCGCCGCCGCCGCCGCCGGCUCUGCCGCCGCGCCGGCGGCCAGCUCAAGCUCGCAGGGAGGCCUCGUAGAGCUGUCGUCCACCGUGCAGCUCCCGCAGCAGGGUACGGCGCCGGCAGUCUCGAUGCCGUGGGUUGGCUUUGGCACUUACAAGCUCUCGAACGCGCGCGCCGCCGUCCGGACCGCGCUGCGGCUCGGCUACCGCGCGCUCGACUCGGCCUACAUCUACGGCGGAGAGAAGACGGAGCCGGAGACGGGUGCGGCCCUCGCCGCCGCGCUGGAGGCGGGCGAGGUCACUCGCGAGGAGGUCUUUGUGACGACCAAGCACUGGCGCAAGUUCCACGGCUACGAGCCCUCGCUCGCCUGCCUCAAGACGAGCCUCCGCCGGCUGCAGCUUGCGCAGGUGGACCUCUGGCUGAUGCACUGGCCGGGCCCCGCGUGGAGGACGAUGAACCGGCGGAAGGACGAGAUCGCGGCGCACGGCCCCUUCCACUACGCCGCCGCCGGCCACGAGGAGGAUGCGCUUCCCGCGCUGCGCGCCGAGACGUGGCGUGCGAUGGAGGACGCCCUUGAGCAAGGCCUCACGCGCGCCAUCGGCGUGUCCAACUUCAGCGUGCGGCACCUGCAGGCGCUCAAGCAGACAGCGCGCGUCUGGCCGCCCGCCGUCAACCAGGCGGAGGGGCCCGCCCUCCGGGACUCCGCCCCAGGACCCCUCCUCCCCUCCUCAAACAUCAGCGAGUGGAGCCAAGAGCUGGAGGAUUCAGCUAUCGUUGCGGUCGAGCUCAACCCGUACUACCAGCAGCGGGAGCUGCAGGCGUACUGCGCCGAGGAGGGCAUCGUGUUGCAGGCGCGUGCAGCGACCACCGCUUCGCUCGGCGGGCCGCUGCUCGAGGCGCCUCCCGUCGCCGCGGCGGCAGAGGCGCACGGCGCCACGGCGGCUCAGGCGAUGCUUCGAUGGGCGAACACGCGCCUCUUCCACUUCUCGCUCUCCGAGCCGGAGAUGGCCGCGAUCGACUCGCUCGACCGGGGCGAGGCGGGGCGCACCUGCUGGCGCAACGACCCCCUCCGCAUGCUCCAGUUCGAGUGA